CAAAAGUUUUCAGUUCAGUUGCGUUGAGCUGAUUCGUGGAAGUGGUGGAGUUUCAAAUCGUCUCCGAGUUCUGACAACGUCGGACAUCAACUUUUUGCUUGGCAGGAAACAGUAGAAAAGUCUCUCCUUCGUUGCAAUUGGCUUUCAGUGGGGCUGUAACGAGUGCAAAAUAGCGAAAAUGAAGUUCUUAACGAUUCUGUGCGGUUUGUUCGUGCUGGCCACGGCCGAGGAGAUCAAGACUGAGGACGGCGUUCUUGUGCUGACCAAAGAUAACUUCCAGGAGGCGAUCAAAGCCAACGAGUACGUCCUGGUGGAGUUCUACGCUCCAUGGUGUGGACAUUGUAAAGCCCUAGCACCUGAAUAUGCCAAGGCCGCCAAACAAUUGGAAGAGAAAGAAUCAUCAAUUAAAUUGGCUAAAGUUGAUGCUACCGAAAAUACAGAAUUGGCUGAAGAAUUUGGUGUUCGCGGAUAUCCUACAUUGAAAUUCUUCCGUUCAGGAACACCAAUCGACUAUACUGGCGGUCGUCAAGCUGAUGAUAUUGUUACCUGGGUUGUUAAGAAGACUGGCCCACCAGCUAUUGAACUUAACUCUGUUGAUGAGGCUGAGAAAUUGAUCAAGGAUAAUGAAGUCGUCAUCUUCGGUUUCUUCAAGGAUCGUGACUCAGAUGAAGCCAAGGCUUACCUCGCUACCGCCAAUGCUCUCGACAACUUCCUUUUCGCCAUUACAAGCAACGAAGACGUCAAGGCCAAAUAUGAAGCCAAAUGCGGAUCAGUCAUUCUCUUCAAGAACUUCGAUGAAAAGAAGGCAGUGCUCGAAAAGGACAUCAACGAAGAAAACAUCAAAAAAUUCGUUCAAAUCCAAUCAAUGCCAUUGAUUGUCGAAUUCAACCACGAUUCAGCUCAAAAGAUUUUCGGUGGUUCCAUCAAAUCGCAUUUGCUCUUCUUCAUCUCAAAGGAAGCCGGACACAUUGAGAAAUACGUCGACCCUGUCCGUGAAGUUGCCAAAGAAUUCCGUGAAAAUGUCUUGUUCGUUACAAUCAGCAGCGACGAAGAAGAUCAUCAACGUAUCUUUGAAUUCUUCGGCAUGAGCAAGGAUGAAGUACCAACUCUUCGUUUGAUCAAAUUGGAAGAUGAUAUGGCCAAAUACAAGCCAGACUUCAAGGACUUGACCGCUGAUAAUAUCAAGGAAUUCGUUCAACAAUUCUUGGAUGGUAAAUUGAAACAACACUUGUUGAGCCAAGAAUUGCCAGAAGAUUGGGAUAAGACUCCAGUUAAGGUGCUCGUUGCCAAGAACUUUGAUGAAGUCGCUUUGGAUGAUAAGAAGGAUGUUUUGGUUGAAUUCUAUGCUCCAUGGUGCGGACACUGCAAACAAUUGGCUCCUAUCUAUGAUCAAUUGGGUGAGAAAUACAAGGAUCAUGAAACUAUUGUUAUUGCUAAGAUGGACGCUACUGCCAACGAAUUGGAACACACCAAGAUCACAUCGUUCCCAACAAUUAAAUUCUACCGAAAGGGAGAUAAUCAAGUUAUUGAUUACAACAUGGACAGAACUCUGGAUGAUUUCGUCAAGUUCUUGGAUGCUGGUGGCAAUGUAGGAGAAGCAACACCGGAGGAAGCCGCAACUGAUGAGCACAAAAAGGACGAAUUGUAAAAACACAUGCCAGAGAUAUAAAUAAGAAAGUAUAAAUUUUAGAGAAGAAAUAUAUUAAAACACAAAAAAGUAAAAAAAUAAUUGAAUUUUUAACUUAAGUAAAUAAAAAAAAUACAUUUAUAUAUUUUUGUAUGAAUGGUUCGUGUUGAAACAACAAAACAAAGCGAAAAUUCAACCCAAUUUGUCCGAAGAAAAGCAAAACAACAACCAACAGUUCGUUUGGAUGAUUCUGUCUUUUUGAGAUCAAACAAAUGACGUACUCAUUUCUUCAUAGAAUGUUUUCUUUUCCAAGCUCCUCGCGUACAUUAAGAGAUUUUUUUGUAACCAUUUCUGAAAUCAAAUUGAGAUUUUGUUCAUUUUUGAGGGGUUAUGUACCUCGUACGGAUUUAUCUUUUUAUUGACUCCUGAUAAAGAAUGCACCGUGAUAAACGUAGAUUGUAUAGAAAACAUUCUUCCGUCAUGAAACUCCAAAUAUCGUCAAUGUAGGAGUAGAGAUAUGUAUCAGGUCCUUGAGAUUAUUAAGAGAAAGCAUCCGAAAAGACUGUUCAAUGUCGUAUGUAGAUCAUGUCGUCUUUUUAUACGAAACGAACACAAAUUUAUGCAUUCCUUAGAUCAGUUUUAACUGAAACAGCUUUUGUUUGUCGCAUUUCAUAGCUCCACGUUCGUAUUGAAAGUGGAGAGGAUGACUUUUCUCGUAUUAUCUGUAUUUGAAGGAAGCAGGAGUAGGAAUGAAGCUGGAAACCAGAAAAUCUUUAAAAAAAGCACAGCCAAUUCUCUGAUAAGUAGACCUCAUAGAAAUGAGCUUUUAUUUUGUUUUGUUUUUCUGAAAAUACACAAUUUUUUGUUAAUAAUUUCCUUUUCCCUUUCUCUCUCUCUCUCUAUUCGGAACGCAAUUUUUUCUUGCGUUCCCUUGAAUACAUACUUUCCUCUGUUUAAAUUUAAAAUAUGUUCCAUUUACUUAAAACGCAAUUUGGUUAUUGUAACGUUUUAGCGAUUUAAUUAAAGUUAAAUAACAACCAACAAUGAAAAAUAAUACAAGCAUGAUUGUUUGAGAAAGCAGUGAAUAGAGGAAAUAUCGUGCAAAAAGAUCUGUAAGUUGAUUGUAUAAAUGAAGGAGACUUUUUUAAAAAUUA